AAAAAAAAUCUGUGAAAAGUUCCAUAAUAUUGAUAGGAAAUAGUCGUAUAUAUAUAUCAUCACACGAUAUCAUGAGUCUUAUUAUUAUCCCAAAGAUCACGCAUCUUCCCACUCUACUGGCUUUUCUGUUCAUUCCGCCACACGAGAAGAGAGGGAGCUGAAAAAGAAAAAAGAAAAAAGAUUUAAUAAUAAUACUAUUACAACAGAUCGCAAGAAAGUGGAUUUCAGAAUCCCGAUCGUAUAAUAGUAAGAGCUGGAAAUGUUACAAAAAAAAAAGUUUUAUACAGAGAAAAAUAAAACAAACAAUGGAAGGAGACAGAGACAGAGGGAAAGGUGGGAGAGAGCAGAUUUCAAAGAUUUGCUAGAGAGAGAGAGAGAGAGAGACACCCUCCUCAAAGAUUUGAUUUGGAGAGAGUGGACAGAGACACCUACCUUCACAUUUCCGCCCUCUUCCUUCCUUCCUUUUCCUUUAUAUUCCAUUCUCCUCUCGCUGUUAAUCCAAAAGCCUUUUUUACAGCCGCACAGUUUUCCGACGAGAAGUGUUGCUCUUUCAGCUACUGAAAAAAAAAAGUGCAAUCGCUGCUAUGGCUAGGAACGGCGUCGUCGCUUCUCAACGUUGGAGGUCGGACGGAGAGAUUUCCUCCCAGCAGCCAGCUCGUGAUUCGGCUGCCAAGGAGGUUCAUGUUUUAGCCGUCGAUGACAGCCUUAUUGAUCGGAAAGUCAUUGAGCGUCUGCUCCGUAAUUCUUCUUACAAAGUCACGGCGGUUGACAGCGGAAUAAGAGCUCUGCAGUUCCUUGGAUUGGACGGAGAAGAGAAGAAGACCUCCUCUAUUGGCGCUUUUGAUAGCUUGAAAAUCAAGGUGGAUCUGAUUAUCACCGAUUACUGCAUGCCGGAGAUGACCGGCUACGACUUGCUCAAGAAAAUCAAGGGAUCGUCCACUCUAAGAGAGAUCCCGGUGGUGAUAAUGUCUUCGGAAAACGUCGUGACUCGAAUCGACCGUUGUUUGGAGGAAGGCGCGGAAGAUUUCAUUGUAAAGCCGGUGAAGGCGUCGGACGUCGAACGGCUCCGUGGCUACAUGGCGACGAGCGAGCCGAGCGUGCGAGUCAACAAGAGAAAGCAACGGGAAAGUUGUGAGAGUUGCAACUGUCUCUCUACCGCCUCGUCCACGUCAUCAUCCCCACUCUCUUCCUCCUCGCCAUCUCCGUCGCCGUCGCCAUCUUCGACCCCAAUGUCGAUGUCAGUGCCGUCAUCUCCCUCGCCGUCACAGUCUCCGUCCUCGCCGACCGUCUCCGCGCCGUGCUCCCCGUCGCUGCUGGACUCGCCGACCAGACGGCUGAAAAUGAGCAGCCCACCGGAGGAGUAGACACCAACGAGGAAAGAAAGAAGAGCACAUAUUAAAACUUAAAAGUGGAGAGGACAAGAGUCAAGACUGGUAAAGUCUAAAACGACCACAGGCCCACGGAAAAUUUGCUUUUCUGGAGAAAAAAAAAAAUUGUACUGUAUCUACUGUUUAAUCAAUAGGCUACAUUUAGUGGUAUGCAACAAUUGAAUCACAAUUAACCUCCUAAUACAGUUUUACAAUCCUUACCUUUUCAGUUCAUCAUCUAAUCAGUUUGCAACAGUUUUACAAUCCUCCACUCUCUCUUGUCGCUCCACAAAAAGUUUAUCAUUCUUCCGUCCCUUCCCGCUACUGUACCGUCAAAGGAAUUUCGUCAUCGCCGUGAAUUAAACUGGAGAAGCUUGGCUUUGAAAUGGUCAAAAUGAGAGGUGGGUGGGAAGCAGUGAUGAUGGGGUGGAAUCACAAUCAAAUCGUGGAGAUAUG